AUGGCCGGAGUCGAAGCAAGUCUCCCUAUCCCUUUCGAGGCGGUCCCCGACAGCGGGAGCGAUGUCGAACCCGAGAAUGUUCCUCUGCCUCGCAGUUCCAUGGUUUCGGUGCGCCUGUCCGAUAUUCCAUUCGAUCCGGACCUUGAUAUCAUCGCCGAGCGAGACAUGUCUCAGGAGGCCUCGCUGUCUCGCAGUGGCCCACCGUCAACUCGUACCAGUCGAUCCUCUUCCCACACUUCCGACAGCUCGGUUUCAUUAAAUUCGGUCAAUUGGGAGGGUCUUGAGAAAACCGAGGAACAAGAGCUCAAGGACGUGGCUACCGAUGAAUCCACGACGUUGUUACUCGCGCGUCUGGAAAAGGAGAACGCAGCGUUGGCCACCAAUCCCAAGGCUGGCAUCGGAACGAGUUCACGCCCUCGCAAAAACACCCGCCCUCCUUCGGUACAGCAGUUAAAGAGAAUGGUUGACGGACCCCAACGCCAGUCUUUGAGGUAUUCGCUAUUGCCUGCACCUCCAAUGACAGAAUUGGAAUUCUGGGCGGCCUUGGUUCAAGAUUAUACCCAAACCGCCCAGCGACUGCCUACCCUAACGUCCAACAAGAUCCGAGGAGGUGUCCCGCCACCACUGCGUGGUGUUGUCUGGCCCAGUAUCGCACAAGCUCACGACGGCUUUUUACAUUCAGAAUAUCAGAGACUCUCCAACGAGCCUUCGCCCUAUGACGGUCUGAUAGGAAAGGACGUGGGCAGGAGCUUUCCAAACGUUGACAUGUUUCGCGAGAAGGACGGUGAUGGCCAGAGAAUGCUCGGCAAAGUCUUGAAAGCCUUCUCACUUUAUGACAGCAAGAUCGGAUAUUGCCAGGGCCUUGGUUUCGUGGUCGGGCCACUCCUGAUGCAUAUGAGCGAACCGGAAGCAUUUUGCAUCCUCGUUAGGCUCAUGGAAAACUACGACCUUCGUUCAUGUUAUCUGCCCGACUUAUCAGGGUUACAUCUGCGGAUAUAUCAGUUUCAACAGCUUCUAAUUCGGCACUUACCCGCACUGGCGGCUCAUCUCGAGGAGUUAAAGGUUGAACCGUUAUACGUGUCGCAAUGGUUUUUGUCUUUUUUCGCUGUUACCUGCCCACUUCCUAUGCUGCUCAGGAUUUACGACGUAAUACUGUCUGAAGGAGCCACAGAAACACUGAUGAGGGUUGCCUUGUCGCUGAUGCAACGGAAUCAGAAAAAGCUGCUAGCCUCCACCGAAUUUGAGGACGCUAUGCAGUUUCUGCUCUCGAGGAGUCUCUGGGACACAUAUGCACAACAUGCAGACGAUCUGGUGUCGGAUUUCGUGUCAUUGACUGGGUUGGUGAGCCGAGAAUCGCUCAAUUCGUUGGAGGCAAACUUCAGGCAUUCGCAGAAUUUGUCGGCUGCGCCGUCGCUGAAAGGUGCAGUGUCGUCGUUCUUGGGUCGAUUCUGGGCUGGCUCGUCACAUGCGCCGUCCAGAUCUCAAAAUCUGAGUCUUAUGAUUCCCGGAAAUAACAAGUCGGUGCGAAAAUCAUCUUCUGGGCAAAGUUUAACCUCGACACUCAACUCGCUUGAGACCACUAGCACGGACGCGAGUACACUUGCUACAGAGAUGUCGGAUGAUGUACCACCUAAAGCGACGGUAUCUGCUGCCACAAGUGUCCAUUCGGCAAUUGUACCUACUCCGGAUUCGAGCAAUCGAAAUCUCCAUCACCAGAUCGAAGAUCUCCUGACCGAACUUUCCAAAGUCCAGCGACAGCAUGUUGAGCUUGCUCAAGAGCUUCAGAGAGAGCGUGAAGAACGUGAAGAAGAUCGGCAAAUUGCACGAAGAGUGCUGGAGCAACUACGACGGCAGACCACCGAUAUAAGGGAGUUAGCGGAAGUGGACAGCUCAAAGGCCACUGAGGAGGAGAUGGAGCUUGAACUUCUCCUGGCUCAAGCUGAAUGUCAACUGUGUCGAGAUGGCUCCAAGCGGUUGUCCGUGUCGCAGUCUAAACAUCAGCUCCGCGAUGCCGUUUCUGAAUGGAAGGAGAAGCAUGAUGCCGAGAUGACAAAGUGUCGAGAUCUCAUGAGACAGCUUGACGAGCGAGAGGCUGAACAUCACACCCUCAAAGAGCAGUUGCGAGAUGCCCGAGCCCGUAUUCAGGACGCACACCGUGACAAGCAGCGCUUGGAAAGGACGGUCAGCGAGUUGCGCUCCCGCAACAACUCGGUGCCAGAUUCCCCGGCCGACCUUUACACUCCUGUUACUGAAUUCCCUGAUCUGAAGUUGCCACCUCCGAAAUCUGGACUGCGAGAGUUGAGAUUGGGGAAACCGGAAGCGGGCCGAUCAAGCAGCGUUGGGCCGUAUUCGAAACGUUCAAGCAGCCUCAACACCCAAGCGGUCCUUGCCACGGAAAACCACGAGCCCAUGUCCAACGACGCCCUGCUACUAGAGCUGGUAAAUGCCAAGACAGCUGAGGCGGUGGCACGACAGGAGCUGGAGGAAACCAGAGGGAAGCUCGACGCCCUGCGUAAGAUCUUGGGUGGAUCGACACCCUCUCCUACCACACGAGCCAGCACGACCGAGUCACCAACAACGCCUGCCGCCACUCCGAGUCAAGGACAAAAGGAACCACCCAAAGCUACCCACGCAGCUACGGCAAGCACCGGAGGAGGGUUUUUCAGUGGAUGGGGGAAGCGAGGGACCUAA